GAGGGGGAGGCUGCGUUUUCAUGACUUAACAUAGUUUUGCCGGCACUUUCUCUGUCAGAGACAUUUAAUCAGUCUAGAUGAAGACUUGAAGACUUCAACUCGUUCAUGUCGCUUAAAGAUUUAAAAUAGCAUGCAGGUGUUUUUUGUGUGUGUUUUUUUCCCCCAAGAUGUUCUGUAAAUUUAUUCUAGAAGGUGUUUUGCAUUGAAGCGUCCAGACCCGCUCCGUCCACCAUGUCCCUGCUGGCCCGGCUCGUCGCUCUCUGGCUGGUGGGCACACAGCUGGGGCCCGGGGUGGGCAUGCAGCCAGGUCAGACGCUGACCUGCUCCCGGUGGGGAACACCCAGUGACAGCGGGUUGUUUGAGGAUGGGGACGUAAUCAUCGGCGGGCUCUUUAACCUUCACUACAUGCCUCCUGUGAAGGACCACAGGUUCACUCUGGAGCCAGACAACAAGCCCUGCACUGGUUUACAAAAUCUCCCACUGCAGUACAUCUACGCGAUGGUGUUCGCUCUGGAGGAAAUCAACCACAGCUCCGCCUUGCUGCCGGGCGUGAAGCUGGGCCACCGUAUCCAUGACGGCUGCGCCCUCCCUGCUUGGGAGAUGCAGGCUGCGCUCUCAUUGGUCGGUGGAGACGCACCGACCUGUAACUUGGAUCAGCAGGAAACAGAAGUCGCAGCAGGUGAGCAGCGUGUGCCUCUGAUCAUUGGUGGCUCCUCGUCUAUUACAGCCCAGAUACUGUGCAGACUCCUGGGACCACUUUCUGUUCCUCUAGUGAGCUACACCGCAAGUUCUCCAAGCUUAAGUGACAGGCGACAAUAUCCCAAUUUCUUCAGAACCAUGGCCAGUGAUAUCUAUCAAGCACGUGCAAUCGCUCAGCUUGCUAUAAAGUUUAAUUGGACCUGGGUUGGAGCAGUGGUGGUCAACAAUGAGUAUGGCCUCAUGUUACUGAAGGUGUUCCAGGAGGAAAUUCAGGGGGCCGGGGUUUGCCUCUCCUUUGUGGAGACCCUUCAGCGAGAAAACAUCGUAAGUGACGCCACCCGAGCAGCGCUCGCCAUCCAGGCCUCGACCGCGAAGGUGAUUCUGAUCUUCACCUGGUAUACGGACGUAAUGGAGCUGUUCCUACAACUGGAGAAACUAAAUGUGACUGACAGACAAUUUCUGGCAAGUGAGGCUUGGAGCACCAGCACCGAUCUUCGGCAAAGCGCCUUUUCACGUAAAGUGGCGAGAGGCGUUCUCGGCGUUGCCAUCCGGAGUUCAUCCCUGCCUGGGUUCGGGACUUUUGUCCGGAAUUUAAACCCGUCGCUUCGCCCGAACGACCAGGUCCUAAAGGAAUUUUGGAAAAAGGAAUUUGGAUGCAGUCCUGGGAUUGUGGCAGCUCCUUCGUCGACUUCUCUCCCGCCCUGCAACGGCACAGAGAGUCUGUGGGACGUGAAAAAUCUCUUCACUGACACCUCGCAGCUACGGGUGACGUACAACGUCUACCUGGCAGUCUAUGCUGCAGCCCACGGCCUUCACUCCUUACUCUCUUGCCCCGAUGUCAGCAGCUCUCCAGGACAAAACGUCACCUGUUCACUUCACACUCAAAUCAAACCCAUGGAGCUGAUGGAGCAGCUCAGCAAAGUGAACUUCACCACACCGCAGGACGAAGCGUUUUAUUUCCAAGGUGCCGACAUCACGGCGAAGUAUGACCUCGUGAACUGGCAGAGCAACCCUGAGGGAGAGGUCAACCUUGUUUUGAUUGGUCGUGUGGAAGGCUUUGACCUCCACCUUAACGAGUCUGCCAUUCUGUGGAGCACAGGGUCCAGUCAGGUGCCCGUUUCCGUCUGCAGUGAGAGGUGUCCCCCUGGUACACGGAUGGCCAGCAGGAAAGGAGAACCCAUCUGCUGUUUCGACUGCAUUCCAUGUGCUGAUGGAGAGAUCAGCAACACAACUGGAUCCACUCAGUGCAAUCGUUGCCCAUCUGAGUUCUGGUCCAACGCCGAGCGCACCGCCUGCAUCCCUCGCCAGCUGGACUUCCUUUCCUUCAAUGAAACUUUGGGCAUCGCCCUCACAGCAGUGGCCGUUUCUGGUGUCACAGCGACAACUGCUGUGUUCGUGGUGUUCCUUUACUACCGCCAGACGCCGAUGGUACGAGCCAACAACUCUGAGCUCAGCUUUCUGCUUCUCCUGUCGCUGAAGCUCUGCUUUCUGUGCUCGCUGGUUUUCAUCGGCCGCCCCUCGGCGUGGUCAUGCCGGUUCCAGCAGGCGGCCUUCGGGAUCAGCUUUGUCCUUUGCAUGUCGUGCCUUCAAGUGAAGACAAUCGUGGUCCUGGCGGCGUUCCGCUCGGCCCAGCCCGGCGCCGAAGCCCUCAUGAGGUGGUUUGGUCCCGGACAGCAGAGAGGAAGCGUCUGCCUCUUCACAUCGGUACAGGUUAUCAUCUGCGUUAUUUGGCUGUCACUCACCCCCCCGGAGCCUCGACCCAACUUGAAGAUCCCGGGCCUGCAGGUGACCCUGGAGUGUGCCAUGGCCUCUGUGGCGGGUUUCUCUCUGGUGCUGGGCUACAUUGGCCUCCUGGGCUGCACCAGCCUUCUUCUGGCCUUCCUUGCCAGGAAGCUCCCCGACAACUUCAACGAGGCCAAGCUGAUUACCUUCAGCAUGCUGAUUUUCUGUGCCGUCUGGGUGGCUUUCGUCCCCGCUUACGUGAGUUCACCUGGAAAAUAUGCCGUGGCCGUGGAGAUUUUUGCCAUGUUGGCCUCGAGUUACGGUUUGCUUUUCUGCAUCUUUGCUCCAAAGUGUUUCAUCAUCCUUCUGAGGCCGGAGAAAAACACUAAGAAGCAUUUGAUGGCAAGGUAGUUAUUUCAGGCAUCCCCUCUGUUUUAUUAGUGUUAUACUUUAUUGUUUGAUUUCAAAGGUUUGGUUUUUCCAGAUGUUGCACACAAUGUUUGACAACCUGUAAGAAAUUAUCAUAGUUUAAUGGGUGCAUUAAUAAAAAUAUGUUUUGAUUCA